GGCACUCGAUCAUUCGAUAGUCUGCAUAGCGCGAGGCACCUGUCUCCUUAUCUCCCGCAAUUAUAAGCAUUGCAGUCAUUUUUCAAGCGAUAGCUUGCUGAGUUUUGGUGCAAACCGUUGAGCAGUUUCUCAUGAUGUGACUCGGAGCCACUUGAGGUGCUCGCGUUAUUGAUCGCAUCCGUCGUCGUGGGCGUCGAGCCGCGGCAGCAGUGUCAAACAGGAACUGUAGCCGCUGUCUUUCAUCUGAGCGCACAAAGGUGAGCGCGCUGCGUCAGCCAUAUUACCGCCGCAGGACUCCGAGCUCGGUUCCGCGGAGGGAGGGGAGAUUUUCGGCUGGAGAUUCACUGACUCACCUGCUCUGAGUCUCCGUGGGAAAGAUCCAAGCUGUUCUGACACUGCGAUACUUUGAGAAAAGAUCUACAUCGGGAUUGAAAAUGCCUAAACCUGUAAAUGUUCGCGUCACUACAAUGGACGCUGAGCUGGAGUUUGCCGUCCAGCCCAGCACAACUGGCAAACAGCUCUUUGAUCAGGUGGUAAAGACUAUAGGGUUACGUGAAGUAUGGUACUUCGGACUACAGCAUAUGGACAGCAAAGGCUACUCUACAUGGUUAAAACUCGAUAAAAAGGUCUCCUCUCAGGAUGUAAAGAAGGAGAACCCACUUCAGUUCAAGUUCCGUGCCAAGUUCUUCCCAGAAGAUGUGGCGGAUGAAUUGAUCCAAGAUAUCACUCAGAAGCUCUUCUUCAUGCAGGUGAAAGAUGGCAUCCUCAGUGACGAGAUCUACUGUCCACCAGAGACCGCCGUACUUCUGGCCUCCUAUUCUGUACAGGCCAAAUUUGGUGAUUUCAACAAAGAAGUUCACCGGCCUGGAUACCUGACCUCUGAUCGUCUUCUGCCCCAAAGGGUUCUGGACCAGCACAAGUUGUCCCGAGACCAGUGGGAAGAGAGAAUCCAGGUUUGGCACGAGGAACACCGUGGAAUGCUGAGAGAGGACGCAAUGCUGGAGUAUUUGAAAAUCGCACAGGAUCUGGAAAUGUACGGCGUGAACUAUUUCGAUAUCAAGAACAAGAAGGGGACAGACCUUUGGCUGGGUGUGGAUGCCCUGGGCCUAAAUAUCUAUGAGAAAGAUGACAAACUGACCCCGAAAAUCGGAUUCCCCUGGAGCGAAAUAAGAAACAUUUCCUUCAACGAUAAGAAGUUUGUCAUCAAGCCUAUUGAUAAAAAAGCUCCAGAUUUUGUGUUCUACGCGCCACGUUUGAGAAUUAAUAAGCGCAUCCUGCAGCUGUGCAUGGGGAACCAUGAGCUGUACAUGCGCCGCAGGAAGCCGGACACCAUUGAAGUUCAACAGAUGAAAGCUCAGGCGCGAGAGGAGAAACAACACAAACAGAUGGAGAGAGCUCAGCUAGAGAGCGAGAAGAAGAGAAGAGAGGCCAUUGAGAGAGAAAAAGAGCAAAUGGAGAGAGAGAAACGAGAUCUGAUGGAGAGACUUUACCUGUUUGAGGAGAAGACCAAAAAAGCAGAGAAAGACCUGCAAGAGCAGACGAAGAGAGCCAUGCAGUUGGAGAACGAGCGGAGACUGGCGGAGGAGGAGGCGAUCAGAUUGGAGGCAGAGAGGCAGGCCGCCCUGCUCGCCAAAGAACAACUGGCCAGACAAGCCCACGAUCAGAUGAAGAGUCAGGAACAGCUGGCCGCUGAGCUGGCAGAACACACCGCUCGGAUUGCUCUUCUGGAGGAAGCCAAACAACGCAAGGAACAGGAGGCUUUUACAUGGCAGAACAGAGCCCAGGAAGCCCAGGAGGACCUGAUGAAGACCCGUGAGGAGCUUCACAUGGUGAUGACGGCCCCACCUCCCCCUCCACCACCACCCACCUACGAUUCGUACGAGAACGAAUACGAAGGGGAAGAUGGGGAGAGCGCCAGCAGCUACAGCGCAGACUUGCAGACCGGAGGAAUCAAUGACCACCGCCGCGAGGAAGAGAGGAUCACAGAGGCCGAGAAGAACGAACGAGUCCAGAAACAGCUGAUGGCUUUGACCUCAGAGCUGGAGCACGCCCGCGAUCACACCAAGAAGACUCAGAACGACCUGCUGCAUACGGAGAACAUGCGCGCCGGCCGAGACAAAUACAAAACUCUCCGGCAGAUCCGCCAGGGCAACACCAAACAGAGAAUCGACGAAUUCGAGGCCUUAUAAAAGAUCCGGACCGGGAAUUAUUAUUAUUUUCUAUCCCUAAGUCUGAGUGGUCAAUGCAAAAGGCACAACCUGCGUAAAGCAGCACACACAAUGUACUAACGCGACACGACUUUGAAUAAUUUCAUACGAGAGCCGUGCACUAAGAAACUGAAAUAUUUUCGCACAAGGAUUGUUG